GCAACACAGCUGUACCAGCAUGUACCAGAGAAACGCUGGCCCAUCGUGUACUCGCCACGUUACAACAUCACCUUCAUGGGCCUGGAGAAGCUGCACCCCUUUGAUGCUGGAAAAUGGGGCAAGGUGAUCAACUUCCUGAAAGAGGAGAAGCUGCUGUCGGAUGGCAUGCUGGUGGAGGCGCGGGAGGCCUCGGAAGAGGACCUGCUGGUGGUGCAUACAAGACGCUAUCUCAAUGAGCUGAAGUGGUCCUUCGUGGUGGCUACCAUCACUGAGAUACCCCCAGUCAUCUUUCUCCCCAACUUCCUUGUGCAGAGGAAGGUGCUGAGGCCCCUGCGGACACAGACUGGAGGCACCAUCAUGGCGGGGAAGCUGGCUGUGGAACGAGGCUGGGCCAUCAAUGUUGGUGGCGGCUUCCACCACUGCUCCAGUGACCGUGGUGGAGGCUUCUGUGCCUAUGCAGACAUUACACUAGCUAUCAAGGCCAUCAGGCGGAAGGUGGAGUUGGAGUGGGGCACAGAAGAUGAGGAAUACCUGGAAAAAGUGGAGAGGAACGUGAGGAGGUCCCUCCAGGAGCAUCUGCCUGAUGUGGUGGUGUACAACGCAGGCACAGACGUCCUCGAGGGGGACCGCCUUGGGGGGCUGUCCAUCAGCCCAGCGGGCAUUGUGAAGCGCGAUGAAGUGGUUUUCCGGUUGGUCCGAGCCCAUGAUAUACCCAUCCUAAUGGUAACCUCGGGUGGGUACCAGAAGCGAACGGCCCGUAUUAUCGCCGACUCCAUCCUCAAUUUGCAUGACCUGGGGCUCAUCGGGCCCGAGUUUCCCAGCGUCUCGGCACAGAGCUCACACAUCCCCCUGCUUCCUUGUGCUGUGCCCUGA